GUGUUUUUGUUCCGUUUAAGGCAGUAAUGAAUAUAUUUUUUACAAAUAUUUUAGACAAAAAAACAACAGUGACAAUAAUGCGUGCCGAACCUUUUAUACCUGACUAAUUGACAUCUUUGAGUCAUCACGGCUACUCCAGGGCGGUCCCUGAAGGGCAGCGAUGGAGGUCGGAGCGCGAGCCCUGGAUGUUCUCCCGCUUCUUCAAGAACGGGUGGCGGCUUUGACUGGCGGUCGGGACCGCCGCGGAGGCCCUAUAAUAUGGUUCCCGGCCAAUUCAAGACGAGAUCGCGUCGCGCCAGAUGACUAUAGGCGCCUGCUCCAUUAUUUAAUCAGUAUACCUAGUGAUUCAGUAAGAUCACAUGGCUUCACAAUCUUAAUAGAUAUGAGAGGUUCAGCAUGGGCAGCAAUCAAGCCAAUACUAAAAGUUCUCCAGGAACAUUUCUCAUCAUCCGUCCACCAGGCACUUGUUGUAAAGCCGGACAAUUUUUGGCAAAAGCAACGCACUACUAUAGGAGCCCAUAAGUACAAGUUUGAUACCACCAUGAUUAGCUUAGAAGCACUACCAAAAGUAAUAGAUAGCUCUCAAAUGACAAAUGAUUUAGAUGGUACUCUACCAUAUGAUCAUUCGCAGUGGAUUGAUUUACGAUUGGCACUCGAAGAACUGAUGUGGCAGGCAGGUGAACUCCUCGAUAGAUUGGACGAUCUGCAAGAAGACGUUGCUCGCGCUGAUUUUGCUGAUGACGUGACGGGCGCUAGGCGAGCCAUCGACGCCCAUGCGGAUAUCAGCAAACGGCUCUCUAAAGUUCCUGUGGAUGAACUUGAAGCUCAGGGUGAGCGCGUACUUCAGCGGCUCGAGGCAGCGGAGGCAGCUAGUGCAGAAGCCAGCGGUAGCGCCGGCGAGGCAGCGGCUUUCCACUGCGGCUCGCCGACUGCAGUGCGUUCGCAACUCGCCGCUGUACGGUCGGCGCACGCGCACGCACACAAACUCUGGCAACACAAAAAGAUGCAACUCGACCAGUGCUUUCAGUUGCGCUUGUUUGAACAAGACUGUGAAAAGAUGCUCGAAUGGAUAGUGAACCACCGCACAGCUUUUCUCGCCACGUAUGUAGAGAUCGGAAGGUCAUGUACAGCAGCUAAACGUCUACAGGAAGAACAUGCGAGAUUCGCCGCGGCGUGCACUGGUGGCGGUCGGCCGAGUGUUGCCCGUGUAACUUCAGCUGCUCGACGUCUCGCUGAUAAAAGGCAUUAUGCCGAAGCACACAUCACACAACUAGCGCACCGUCUCGAACGAGCUUAUAAACAGCUCUCAGCUGGGCUUGAAGAACGAUCGGCUGUGCUCUCCCUGUCCGUGGUGUUCCAUCACAAGGCAGAAGCUUACGCGUCGGCAGUGAGCGGAUGGGGUGCGCAGUGUGCGGUUGCAUUACAACUAGCUACUGGACAAGGUGGCGCCCCCUGCAAUGAUCCGAGGGCGCUAGAACAGCACGCUCAGAGACAUAGACAACUUUAUGAACACAUGUGUCAAGCUUACACAGAGGUCCACUCAACUAGUAAGAAACUGCUGUAUCAACUUGAUCAUUUAGUUCAAGUGUGCCAUCAAACUGAUCCUGCAGAUAUGAAUGAAGGUUCGGUAAGCACGGCGAGUAGUAGCGGGGACCCGGCAGCAGACUAUAGCUCCGGUGCGAACCACGUGCUCGCCGUCAUCCAUCAGAUACUAGGUCAUCACAGAGCGCUAGAAGCAAGGUACCAUCAGGCCAGGCUCAAGUUGCAUCAGAGGCUUGCGUUGCUCUUGUACAAAGAGGAUUGUAGGCAGGUACUUGAAUGGUUGGCGAAUCACGGCGAAGUGUUCUUGCAGAAGAAUACUGGAAUAGGAAGGAAUCUCCAUAAAGCUAGGGUAUAUCAGAAAUCUCAUGAACAUUUUGAAAAUGUUGCGCAAAAUACAUAUACGAACGCUGAAAAAUUGCUGGCGGCUGCGGAAGAGUUGGCCCGAUCGGGCGAGUGUGACCCCGAAGAAGUGUUGGGGGUCGCUCGGGAAUUGGAGGCCCAUGUAGCGGCAUUUGCAGCUCGCGUCGACCGUAGACGUCGGCGACUCGACCUCGCCGUUUUACUGUAUACACAUGAGAAAGACUUACUCCAAUGGUUGGAAACGUUGCGAAGCGGUGGCGGUGUUUGCGCAACAGACGAUAGUCCUGAAGCGGCACGACGCGCUCUGGAACAAUGCGCUCAACAUCGCGCUGCCAGUCUAGAUGCAUGUGCAGCCACCAUCGCGCAAGGGGAGGCACUACUGCAAGACUUAAGAUCAUCUGGCGACUCAGACGCUACAAGCACCGCUGCGGUAGAGACCACCUUGGAAAGGCUCCGCGGUACUCGCGGCGCCCUCGAGGAGCUCUGGUCGGACCGCGAGCGGAGACUUGAAUUAACUCUCCAAUUACGACAUUUCGAAAGGGACGCUCUUGAGGUAUCUUCACGUCUGGAGUUGUGGGGUGACGAAUUACAGCGAACUGAACCUCCUCGUGAUCCUCAACAAGCGGAACAGGCACUUGCUGCUCACAAUGAAAGUGUGGCUAGGAUGCAACAUGCUACCUAUCAGGUGGUAAAGCAAGGUCAGGAGUUGGCAGCAGCGAUCGCAGAGGCAUCUGAUGUUAUGGCGUCUGCUGGAGCUGACGGACCUGAAGCGGCACCUCUAGACGCUCAAUCGAGGGUGCAGCUUCUACUGGAGUUUCUACACGACAGGCAAUUAGAUCUUGAAGAGCUGGCUGAAGAAAGACGCGCUCGGUUCGAACAGUGCGUCCAGCUAGGACAAUUUCAAAAAGAUGCAGCACAAGUAGUGAGUUGGAUUCGUAAUGGCGAAGCGAUGCUGGCCGCCUCAUUCUCGAUCCCUGGCACCCUUGCGGAGGCCGAACAGCUGAAGAGAGAACACGACCAGUUCCAAGUGGCGGUAGAAAAGACACACGCUAGCGCCGUGCAAGUCAAGUACAGGGCUGAUGCAUUGAGGGCCGCUAACCAUUAUGAUCCACACACUAUCAGAGAAAUAUCGGAAGAGGUGACUGAACGCUGGCAACGCCUAGUCACUUGUGCGGAAGAGCGUCACAAGCUAGUGACUGCAUCUCUCAACUUCUAUAAGACAGCAGAACAAGUGUGCUCAGUACUCGACUCUUUGGAGCGUGAAUAUCGCAGAGACGAAGACUGGUGUGGGUCAGCCGCUGCACCACCGACGGAUGAACCUACUCAGGCUAUGAACAUCGCAGACAAAGCCGCACAGGUGGCAGCUUUGAUUGUCAAACAUGGAGAACAAAAGGAGGCAUUUUUAAAAGCAUGCACGCUUGCACGUCGCACCGCGGAAACUUUCCUCAAGUACGCGGCUCGAUCGGCUCAAGUACAUGGGCAAACCCCUGCCGCUAGUAAAGCGCAUCAUGAACAAACUCGUGCUAUAUUGGACACUUUACUGGCACAGGAGAACAAGGUACUGGAACACUGGACAGUGCGUAAGAAGAGAUUAGAGCAGUGCCAACAGUUCGCGCUGUUCGAGCGGUCAGCUCGCGCCGCAGUGGAAUGGAUUAGGGAGACGCAGGAGAGGUGUGGCGCGGCUGCAGCGGCUGCUGCUGCCGGCGUGGCUCGAGAAAGUCGCGAGAGGGUUCGACUGCUGGCUCAGCUUGCCGAUGGUCUCGUGGAGAAGGGGCAUCCUCAUGCAGUGCAGAUCAAAGAGUGGGUGGCUGCUGUAGAUGCAAGAUAUGCUGAAUUUAGCGGUUCGAUGGAAGGCGGUGAGAGUGAGGCCGAAAGCGAUACGAGUGUGCCUCCUUCACUUGCAUCAUCGCAAUCUGCUGAAGCGGAUACUCGAGUGGAACCGCAGCAGAGCGCCGCUGGUGACGACAAGCGACGCAGCGCCAGACGCAAAGAGUUCAUCAUGGCUGAGCUGCUUCAAACAGAGCGGGCUUAUGUCAAGGAUUUGGAGACAUGUAUCACUUGCUAUUUACGCGAAAUGCGCACAGAUCCCGGCGCUGUACCGCAAGCGUUGCAGGGCAAGGAGGAUAUCAUAUUCGGGAACAUCGAAGAGAUCCACCGCUUUCACGAGCGCGUAUUUCUGCGUGAACUGGACAAAUAUGAGACAAUGCCGGAAGAUGUUGGCCAUUGCUUCGUAACUUGGGCACGAGAGUUCGAUAUGUACGUCUCUUAUUGUCGGAACAAACCAGACAGCAAUGCGGCGGUCGUGCAGCAUGCUGGUGACUACUUCGAAAGGGUUCAACGUAAAAAGAAGUUGGAGCAUCCGUUGGCGGCGUAUUUGAUCAAACCUGUGCAGCGUAUAACCAAGUAUCAACUGCUGCUGAAAGACCUUCAAGCUUGCUGUGCAGAGGGUCAAGGAGAGAUAAAGGACGGUCUGGAAGUCAUGUUGUCGGUGCCGAAGAAGGCCAACGAUGCCAUGCAUCUCUCACUCCUCGAGGGAUGUGAUGUCCCGACCGACAGCCUCGGCGAGGUGGUGUUGCAAGACUCGUUCCACGUUUGGGACCUACGGCAGAUAAUCAAGAAAGGUCGUGAAAGAAGAGUCUUCCUCUUCGACCUGCACCUUCUGUUAGCUAAAGAAGUGAAAGAUUCCCAUGGCAAGGCGAAGUAUAUUUAUAAGACCAAAUUCAUGACAUCAGAGCUGGGUGUCACCGAGCAUAUCGAGGCUGACGAAUGCAAGUUCUCGGUAUGGACAGGCCGCGAGCCGAUGGCCAGUGACUGCCGUAUAGUGCUGAAGGCACCUUCACUGGAAGUUAAGCAGACUUGGGUUAGACGCCUUCGUGAAGUUAUACAGGAAACGUACUUCAGCGCUGCCCUACAACAGCCUCCGCGUAGCCCCGGCCGCGUUCGGCCUACCAGCUCACAGAGAUCUAGCAGGGACCUUGAAGAGACACUUUUAGAUGAAACUACAGAAAAUCUAGACAGAAAUUCGCUGGCGUCUUUCGGCAGCGGUAAUACCACAGAUUCCGAUAAGGCCGGACCCGAGAUGACGUGGGUGGUGGCAGAACACACAGCCUCAGGCGCUGGUGAGCUGACAGUUACAAAAGGUCAGCAGGUGGAAGUGGUAGAAGUUUGCCAAGGCCGCCCUGAUUGGUGGGUCGUCAAGGUCCCAGGGGAGCCACCACAAGAAGGUGCUGUGCCCGCGCAAGUUCUAAAACCACAGCCACAACAGAAGACUUCGCCAUCGCGACGUCCGCUUAGCCAGCCCUGUGAGGAAGCAUUAGAAGCCUCGAAUUCGGACCCCGGUGGUGCCGCAGUCAAUGUCGCAAGUCCUGGAAAGCAGCGACGCGGUUUUAGCGGACGGCGGUGGUUAGGACUGCGGAAACCAUCGCAGGUGAAGGAUAAAGCUCCUACUGGUGCCCAAUCACCAGCAACAACUGAGAAGCCCGUUCCACUGAAGAAGGUUCCCUCGGAUAAGAAGUUUAAGUUACCAUACAAUGCUGACAAUGGACGUGCUGAGGAUGUUGGUGAAAGCAGCCAAGCUGCAGCCGCCUUGGACGAAACAGAGGACGACGCUGCAGAUCUUGAACUACCGCCACCGAUGAAGCCCAUUCAGGAUCCUCAAGCUGUGCUGCAACAAACUCCAACACCUACGGCUGCGACCUCCGCUCCCGCUACACGAAAUUCUUUGACAUUGGACGCUUUGGAUACUAAUGGUGGUCCCGCCGAUAUAGCCGAGAUAGAACAAAUUGUCAAGGAAAGAAUGAUCCAGCACGGGGGGGCCAGCACUUCUGGCCGUGCUGGUGAGCCCGAGGAAGAAGAACAACCUGUAACACCCGGCCCUAAUACUAGUGAAGUCGUACUCAAGAAACGCGAAUAUGUCCUGAGAGAGUUGCUGGAUACAGAAGAGAUCUAUGUCGCUGAUUUGAAAAUCAUUUGUGAAGGCUACAUGGUUCACAUGCAGAAACAAACUAAUGAUCCACCUAUGCCCGAACCUCUCCGAGAUGACAGACGCCACCGUAUGGUGUUCGGGAAUAUAGAAGCUAUCUAUGAAUUCCAUCGCGAUAAAUUCGUGAAGGAUUUGCAAGACUGCGUCAUUAAGCCGGAGGUGCUCGGCGACCUAUUCCGUCGGUUCCUGGAAAAGCGCAUGUUCCUAUAUGAGUCUUACUGCCGGAACAAGCCAGUAUCGGAAUUCAUCGUCUCCGAAAAUGAAGCCUAUUUCCAAGAGCUACGUCACAAACUCGGACAAAAGUUGCAGCUCGGGGAUCUACUAAUAAAGCCGAUUCAACGCAUCCAAAAAUACCAUUUGCUGUUGAAGAAGAUCUACGCCUACUCCGAGCAAGCCAGCGCUUCGAAACCGGUACUGGAAGCCCUGCGUGAUGCUGUAGAAUGCUCGGACAUAAUACCAAAGAAUGCCAACAAAAUGAUGGAUGUCGGACGCCUAAGGGGAUUUACGGCCCCCAUAGCUUCCCAAGGAAAGCUAUUGUUCCAGGAACCAUUAGUGGUGUCUGAUAUUACGGGCGGCGGCAUUGAUCGCGAGGGGAAGAGCAAGGAGUUCCAAGUAUUCCUAUUCGAACAAUGCGUGAUCUUCAGUGAAGCGAAAAUCGUAGGCAAAAAGACUCAGUUCGUCAGCCCUACAUACCACUACAAAGCACAUGUGCAGGUGAACAAGAUGGAACUGGAAGAAGUAGAGAUCCCCGGAGCGUUCAUCAUUCACUCGGUAGAUCCCAACAAACCGAAACAGUCGUACUUGUGCCGCGCUCCAGAAGCUCGCUGCCAGGAUUGGAUAUCCACGCUAUCAAGGAUUUUGCAGUCGCAGAGAAUCUUCGGCGAAGCUCUGGAGAAUCCUGGCGCAUAUCUCAAGGAUAGAGAGCUGCAUAGAGAGCCAGCUCGCGACCCCGCUGCCGUGGGUGAGGGUUGGUGCGGUCUGCGUAAAACUGAGAGCGUUCCGCCGUCACUGGGCGGUCGGCUAGCGCCCGAAUUGCGCCAGCGCACGCAGCGACCGCACGCUAAAGCGAACACAAUCAACCUACCUACUACUACAAGUCGCAGCGACGAGAGAAAGAAGACAGUUAACGUUACAGGGAAUACGGCCGUGAGUCCCACCUCACCGCCGCAUGCCAACGGCUUGUCGAAGCGACCGUGGGGAUUGAAGCUACGGCGCGGAGGUAGCGGUGGCAGUGGCGAAUCCAGCGUGGACGGCAUUGUCACCGAGCUACGCGCGCCUGAACUAUCAGAACCGGCUACUGAUGUCACAGUGUCGCCCUUAGCUACUGCUACACUGUCUUGUCGCGCCGUCGCCACUCGCGCCUCUGCCUCAUGGCGAAAAACGGCACCAGAGACUCGCGUGUUACGUCACGGUGGGCGUUUUGCAAUCAGCCUCACCCCUGAAGGUCUCGCCGCGCUCACAAUCCAUGCGUGUCGAGCUUCCGAUGCGGGCGUCUACUGCUGUCUCAUUAGCAACGAGUUGGGUGGUGUACAAUGUUCAGCAAGACUGACCGUGGGGUCGGGAGGGGUACCAGGCGUACCGGCGGUCCGCGCGCAUCCUGGCGGAGGACUCGUCGUACAAUGGGACGAACCGACACCCGCACAUUUAGAAUACUGUCGCGUCGGUGAAGGAGAAUGGAGACGAGCGACUGAGACGCCUGCCGCGGCUAACACUUUAGCUUUAGAGGAAUUGCCAGCAGGCCAAUACAGCUUUAGAUUAAUAUGCGGCCGUAGUGGCGCAGCUGGGACCGCGUCUGGGCCGGCUGCAUGUGGCGGCGGCGGCGGCUGGCAGCGCGAACAAUUCGCAAGAAGAUACAGCGUAGAAGAGGAAAUAGGACGCGGUCGCACUGCUAGAGUCCUAGCCGCCCGAGACACAGGCACCGGUCAAAGGGUCGCAUUGAAACAGGUAUUAGCUGGUCGCGGUGCAGACGCGAUGCGUGAAUAUCGCAUCCUCUCGCAGUCGGCACACGGCGCAGUAGUCCGCGCUAUGGCGUUGUUUGCUGAGGUGCCGCGUGCAGGUGCACACACACUUGUACUGGAACUUAUAGGAGGCGGCCCAUUGCUCGAGUGGGCAGCUUCCUCGCCGCAUGUGUACACGCAACAAAUGGUCGCGCAACACACAAAGCAACUGUUGUCGGCGCUUGAUUGGCUGCACAGCAACAAUGUCGCGCAUCUUGACGUUAGGCCUGAAAAUAUCCUGGUAGAACUGAGCGGUACACAACCUCAGCUGAAGUUGAUCGACUUAGGUUCAGCAGUAGAGACAGGCGAAGGCACCGCGGGAACAUCUGGUAGAGACGUAUUGCCGCCUGCGCCAGCGCAGCUUGAAUUCGCGCCGCCAGAGUGCGUACUCGGCAGACCGCCUGCAUCGGCGUGGGAUGCCUGGGCUGCCGGGGUCUUCUUAUAUGUAUUUUUAACAGGGUUGUCGCCAUUUUUGGACGAAUCAAUAGAAGAAACUACAGCGAACAUAAUAAAAUGCGACUAUUGCUUCCCGCCGGAGCACUGGGCUGGCAUAGGAGAAAGGGCGCAGCAGCUCAUAAGGGGCUUGCUGGAGCCGACACCUUCCCGUCGGCUGUCUCUUAAGGACGCCCUUGAAGACCGCUGGUUCGACGAGGCGCCUGCAACUACUCUAUCAGCUACACAACUGAAAACGUUCUUAGACCGACGACGUCCCGCUGGUCAUGGUAACGCAUUACACUCGCUACGUUCACCCAACGACACUUGACCGUGCAGCGACGACGCGUCCGCUAUGUAGACGUGUCCCGUUCCUACUGCCACCCGCUAGUCAUGGGCGAUAUGUAUCGUAUGCAGUUACGAUACGUGUAUCGGGCCAAUACUCAAUAACUGUAUAACGAGCGAUACGCAAAACAUAUAUCUCUGAUACAUUGUUGCUUUGGUAUCUGUGAAUUACACUCAUACAUAGUUCUUAACGCGACGAGGUAUCAAAUACAUGCUUUGAGUAUCGGUUAAUGUCAGUGGCAAAUAGUUCGUAUCGUUUGUCACCGUUUCGUAGAUUUCGACCAACAUCACCAAUAUGUAGACAACAUAUAUAAUAUCGAUAAUUGUUCCUUAAACCCAAUACGUAAAUACUAUUCUAUACCGCCAAAGCGACAUUUCUCUAUAUGUUACCACCUCGUAUUUGGCGAGAUAGAGACUGCGGCGAUUUCGAUGCACAGACUAAUCAUAAUUAUGGUUGAAUAAUAUUUCUCCAUACACAUGUUUUGGUAGUGUAAAUACUACCGCGCUGUAUACUUUAUGUGACGAGCGAAGCAUCAUUUCCCGAACUGAUAUUAGUGUAGACUCAAACAGACGAAUUUGCUAUUCACUGGCAAUUACGACCAUUAUAUUUUAAAUAUUUAAUUAAUGUGAGAACUUUCUUGUAGCCAAGAGAUUUACAUUUAUUAAGAGACAAAGGCAUCAGCCAAAUUUAGAUCUUACUAAACAUUCAUACACACAAUUUAGGUUAUGAUUUUUCUCUAAGCUGUAGUUUAACUAUAAUCGUUCUAUAGUCAAUGUGCCCACCUGUCGAGUUUGGUAUAUUAGUUACGUGAAAUUAUAUUGCGAUGUAUUUGGUUAUUUAUCGUAUUUGUAUCGUUUAAUACAAAUAUAUGCCAAAUUUAUUGUCAUUAGAAGCCGUUAGCUCUAUUAAUUUGCCUCAUAUUUUUAUUCACAGAUAUAUCUAAAUAUUUUUUUACGUACAUGAACUGAUCAUUGGAUAUUAAAAUGAUAAGAAAAAAUAUAUAAGAAAAUAACCAUUAUGUAAAAUUUGUAUGAUUUUGAGAGCGGCCGAUUGUAAAAGUGUCUGUGAUUUAUGCUAAAAUAAUAUUUCAUGCUUAUUCCUAAUUUAACGUGUACUUGUUAAACUAUUAAAAUGUAUAUAGUACUAAGUUAGCAUGUAAUGAUUAUCCUAAUUUCUGACCAAAACGCAAAAUUUUUAUUCUGUAAGUAAACGUAACGGCGUAUAAUGAGAUCGCUAUAGUAUAUAUAACUGAUAGUUAGUUGUAACACCGCGUUUCCGCCAAUGUAUACAGUGUAUAAACUAUAAUACAUUCGGCUCUAUAAUACUACAAAACACAUGUUCAUAUGUUCACGUGUAAACGAACAAAAUCUAUGAACAUAUGAAACAAGUAUUAAUACACAUAUAAAAUGUUACAAACAUAAACAACUAGAUAUUACUAUAAUUUUGCUACAAAUGUCAAAUAAUUGUAUAUCACGUGUUAACUAGGGCUUCUAUGUGGGUGGAAAAGAAUGUUGAUAGUAAUGUUGCCACAUUCGUCCAAAUAUGUAAGCUGAUUUUCAUAUAGUGCACACACUCACCAGAUACGCGUAUUGUCGUUGAUACUGCUAAAUGUGGUAACCCUAAAUUACGGUCGUUCACAUUUUAUAUAGAUUUAUAAAAAAUAUAUAUAUUUGUGUCUUAAUUAGACUUUAUUUAUAUGACUAAAACCUAAUUACGACACAUGCAAGAAUUAAAUUUGAAGAAACUGGAUUUUGGCAUUGCCAUCAAAGUGGUAGUUACCUUAUAAAGAGAAGAUUUUAGAAUACUUUUUACUCUAUUACUUAAAGUCCAAUUAUAUUUCUUAAAUAAGCUCAAAUUUAGAAAUUUUGUAACAUACAUUACAGUCAAGAUAAUUUUUAUGAACUUAAAAUAUAGAGUAUCUUGGUCUAGCAUUUUGUUACCCCGACUUAGAUCGAGUAUUAGUGGUUCCUUGUCUAGUAUAACAGUCGAAAAUGUAUACGAACGUGAUUUACUCAAAUAUUGCAUUUUACGGGUUAUACCAUUUAGCCUUUUCGGCGACAAUAGCUUAGUGCGUUACUCCGCACGAUGGAAUUGUGAGAAAACGCACACAACAGUCAUUCCAAUGCCUUUUAAUGUUACUCAUUAAUAUCUAAAAUAAUUAUUUUUUAAUUGCAUCGUGCUCCAAUAUAGAGGAAAUAAGUAACUUUAACUAUUAUAAUAUUACGCGAAACAAGUUACUAAGAUUUUAAUUUUAAGUCACUUCUGAAAUUAUUACAACUUAAUUGGAGUACGAGAUCCCAUCCUUGAUAUUUGAUUAUUUAUACAUUGUGUAAUUUAUACAUUUCACAUCUGUCUAUACAUACUUUAAUAUCCAUAAUUUCUUAUAUAAAUAUUAUUUUCAUUUUUUUAAUAUCAAUAAUUUACCUUGUGCAUUAUGUUAAUCAUUGAAAUUUAAUGAAACUUUAUUAUUUAAAACGAAUUGAGAAAACUUUUCCUUAUUUUAUUAUCUAUACUAAAAUUGAUUUAAUCCUGAUAACCAUUCCACAGAUUAUGUUCUAGAAAUCUAGUAUAUUCUAAUAAAAACUUCUUGUAAUCAAAACACAUAAUAAAUGUCAGAUUAUGGAACAAGUAUAUAAGAGGUAUAUAUUUGUUCAUAAAUUUGUUAUCACUGUUUAAAUCUUGAUAUUUUGUAAUACAAUUAUUAAAUUACCACUAACUCCUACCACAACGAUCAUAGGUACUCUGACUCUCCUUUUCUCGUACUAGAUAUAACUUUCUUGUCUAUGAUAUUUAACAGUAACUUUGUACAGAAUUAUAUAUAUUUCUAUAU